CGCGCCCUAAGUACUAGACCGCCUAGGCUGCCUAGAGACCUAGAGGGGCUACUCGUAUAAAAGCGCCCGCCUCCCAACCUGGCCAGUGCUCCACCGAACACGACAACAUGAAGGCUAUCCUGUGCGUUCUCCUCCUGGCUGCAGUUGCCGUCUACGGCGCAGAAGAGAAGAAGAACGAGAAGCGCGGCGUGCUAGGGCUCGGUUACGGCGGGCUUGGCUACGGCGGGCUGGGUUACGGCGGGCUUGGCUACGGCGGGCUAGCGCAUGGAUACUACGGCGGCGGGCUGGGGCACGGGCUGGGGCUGUACGGCGGCCACGGCUUGUACGGCGCGCAUCUCGCCGCGCCCAUCGCCGCGCCCAUCGCGCAUGCGCCCCUCAUCAGCCAUAGCGUAGCCGCACCUAUCGGCCUGGGCUACCACGGCGCGCCACUUCUCGGCCUCGGCCACGGCUGGCAUUAGGCCCCAGCCUCUAGGCCUCCGGCCUCGCGUCUACGCGACUUAUGAUAAGGUGUCGUCGAGUGAUAGUGCCAAAUUAAGUCUUCGCUGUCUAUUCAAUAAAUUAAAAAUCAGAA